AUGAAUGUCCCUAUGCCAUAUACCAAACCAUUAACUUAAGAUAACUCUAAACUUUAAAGUGAAGUUAUCAGUCUCUUUAAGUCAGGAGAUCUUAAAUGGAAUACUGGAUAAAAUGUAUUAUCUAAGGUUUAAGAAAAAUGGAAUUGUGGAUUGAAAGUAUUUUAUCUACAUUCUAUAUUAUAAGGAGAAUAUGAUGAGAAGAAAAAAUAAUUAUAAUUGUAAUACCAUUCUCGGAGAGAAGAAACCUCUAAAAGAUUAGACACUUUAGAAAAAUAUGAAAAAGGUGAAAUUGUUUAAGAUUCUAAUGGAAAUGAAGGAAACCAUUAAUAAUAAUAAAAGUAAUAUUACUCAUCAUUUAGAAAAUAGGGAGACAAAGAUUAAAAGAGUGAAUUUUCUAAUGCACUAUCAGAGGCUAUUGUUAAAGAUAAACCUAAUGUUAAAUGGACUGAUAUUGCUGGUCUAGAAGGUGCUAAAUCAGCAUUACAAGAAGCUGUCCUUCUUCCAAUUAAAUUCCCUGAUUUCUUUGAAGGAGCAAGAACACCAUGGAAGGGAAUCCUUAUGUAUGGAGUAAAAAUUUAAAUCAAAAAAAAUAGCCUCCAGGAACAGGAAAAACAUUUUUAGCAAAAGCGUGUGCAACAGAAGCAGAAGGAACAUUCUUUUCAGUAUCUUCAGCUGAUCUUAUCUCUAAAUAUGUUGGAGAGAGUGAAAAAUUGAUCAAGACUCUAUUUAGUAUGGCAAGAGAAUAAAAGCCAUCUAUUAUUUUCAUAGAUGAAAUCGAUUCUAUGUGUGGAGCUAGAGGAGAAGGACAAAACGAUUCCAGCAGAAGAGUCAUUACUGAAUUCUUAGUUUAAAUGUAGGGAGUUGGACAUGAUGAUAAGGGAGUACUUGUUCUUGGAGCAACUAAUCUUCCAUGGGCUCUAGAUACUGCUAUUAGAAGAAGGUAUUCAUUAAUAUAAAAUAUUUAUAGAUUUGAAAAAAGAAUUUAUAUUCCACUUCCUGAUGUAAAAGCUAGAGAAUUUAUGAUAUAAAAUUCACUUAAGAAAACUAAAACAACUUUAACAAAGGAACAAUUUGAAGAUCUUGCUAUUAAAACAGAAGAAUACUCUGGAUCAGAUAUUAGUGUUUUCGUUCGAGAUGCGGUCUAUGAACCAGUUCGUAAACUUCAAUCUGCUAAAUAAUUCAAGCAGAUUUCAGUUGAUGGUCAAUUAAAGUGGACUCCAGUAGCAGACAAUGAAGAGGGAACUCCAAAGUCCUUUAUGGAACUUAAUCAAGGAGAUAUUGCUAUUCCUGAUGUCUGCUAUAAUGAUUUCUUACUAGCCUUGAAAAAAUCCAAAAAAUCUGUGUCCAAAGAUUAAUUAGUAGAGUUUGAAAGGUGGACCAAGGAAUUUGGACAAGAAGGUUGA